CUUACCGAUAUCAGUUAUUUCUGAAAAGUCAACGAUAACAAUAUGAAAUUCUUAGCUGUCUUCAUUGCCAUCUUCGCCGUACUCGCAGUAGCCUUUGCUGCUCCUCAAUUCGGUGGUAGACGUCAUGGAGGUUUCGGCGGUGGUCCAGGACUUGGACGCGGUGGUGGCUCCAGUGGAUCAUCAUCAUCAGCCAACGCCCAAUCCCAAUCCUUCAACUCAGGCGGACGCGGAGGAUCUGGUUCAUCUUCAUCUGCUUCCGCUUCUUCACAAUCAUUUACCAGCGGCUUCCGCGGUUAAACCGAAGUGAUAGUUUCUUAUAGUAAUUUUGAAUAGUAUUAACCGGGAAAUACAUGCAUAACUUUUCCGUA